UCUCUCUCUCUCUCUCUCUCUCAGCCUCCCCUCACAACCCCACCGAGAUCACCCUUUUCUGCCUCCCCUGACAUCAUCCCAUUCUCCCUGCUUCUUCCUCGAUCUUCUCCCCCCCACACUUUUCCCACCCUUGAGAAGGCUGGAGCAGGGAAGCUGCCGGUGCCCCUUUGGUCACGAGGACAAGCCACGCCAUCCAGCGAGGCCCCCGGCCACUGUGCCCCUGGACACUGGAUAAGAUCCCCAAAACAGGCAGACAGAGGGUCGGCAUGGAGGGAGCCUUCUACAUCGCGAUGUUCCUGGCUGCGUGUGCCUUCAGCUUGGCAAAUCCUCUGGAAAAAGCUGAUUGUGACCUGGAACUCCUGGACUCUGAAACAGGAAAGGUGACAUACACCACAAAUCAAGUCUCCUGGGGUUGUCUGGGCCAGAAACCCCUUAACUCUACUCAGGAGGUCCAUGUCCUCAACCUGAGGUUUUCAAAGGUUGUCGCAGAAUUGGAGCUGACUAUUCAAGUCAAAAAGGGGAAUGUCCCACAGCCCAGAGAUGUCCAUGUCAUCCUCACAGUCCAGGGUCAUAUUAAUCUCUUGCUGCAGACAGGAAUCCCAGUCAAAUUUUCCUUGGAUCCUACAAAGGUCUUCUUCAAAGAAACAGGGCUUGACCACAGUCCCUUACCAGACUUCUCUACACGGGAGCAGCUUCUUAACUGGGUCCAGACAACACAUGGGAACCUUACUUCCUAUGCAGAGAUUGAAGACCCCCAGAGUAUCAUUCUCCAUGUGGGCCAAGCCCUAGAAUCUGAAUUCCCAUGUAUCCCAAAGCUUAACUUCAACAUGGGCGACCACCUAACAUGGAACGCCAUUGCACCAGAAGUCAAAGGCUGCCACUUCAGCAAGGGACUCAGCAAGAAAGUGGCUUACAUUCUGAAGGUCACACAAGGUCCGGCAAGCAGCCCUCAGACAGUGGAAGUGAAGAUGGAUUUGAGCUGUCCUUUGGGGAAUCCGGCUCCCACACUAGAGGCUGUGCUGAUCCUGCAGGGACCCCCCAAUGUCAAUUGGCUUAUUGACUCCACCCACACUAUGCAGAUCGGGACUACAGGUGAAUACUCCUUCAAGAUGUUUCCUAACAAGAGUAUCCGUGGUUCCAUCCUCUCUGACACACUUCAAGGACUACUUCAGGAGGCCCAGCAGAAGUUCAAUGCUAGCAUCAUCGGUUCCUACGUGGAGAUUCCACCUGCCAAUCACAUUACUCUAUGGGCUCCUAGUUGUGCGUCCAAGAUAGAAACCUCACCUUCUCCAGUACUGACAACCCCAUCCAUGAUGAUUUGUCAUUUGUUACUGCUACGUUCCCUGCUUUUGCCCCAAUGCUCCACAGACAGAAUGACAUUGGUGCUAAAGAAGGAACUUAUCGAAGCCCUGAAAUGUAACAUCAAACAUCUGUCCUUCCGGGACCCUACUUGCCAGUCACAAGAGAAAGAAAAUAUGCUCGUCUUGAGCAGCACCUUCUCUGAAUGUGGUAUGGACAUGAGAAAAGGUGUCAUUUUAAACAAUGAGGUGGCUUUAACCUUGACCUCCAGCUCUGUUCCAAUUCUGACAGAGGUUGAAUGCCUUAACACCAGCGCCUUCUCUGUCCACAUGGAUGCCUACAAAAGCCAGAAAUUCCUCGGGACCGCCAGCACCAUUGAGCUGGGUCAACGGGUCUAUGUACAGGUGACAGUAAGCCCGGCUAUUCCAGAGGUCACUGCAAACCUGGACAGCUGCUCCCUGGACCUGGGGCCAGAGGCUGAUUCUGUGGAAUUAAUUGAAGACCAGAUGGCCAAGAGCCCCAGGGUGAGCUUCUUGACAACAGGCUCCAACUGGUUCCAAUUUAGCUUCCUUCUCCGGGGUCACAUGGUACCCACACCAACGGCCGCCAUUCUGAGCUGCAAUGUAGAGCUGAUGCUCCGGACCAUACAAGAGACCAAGACUGUCAUGAAGACCUCUAUGAAGUUAAACAUCAGCAAUCCCCUAGCAACAACCCAAGGCCUGGGCAUGCCGGCCGUCCUGGGAAUCACCUUUGGAGCCUUCCUCAUCGGAGCCUUGCUCACUGCUGCCCUCUGGUACAUCUACUCCCAUACCCGUCCUCCAGGCAAGAGGCAGCCCGUGAUGGCCGCAGUGCCGGCCUCUGAGAGCAGCAGCACCAACCACAGCAUUGGCAGCACUCAGAGCACGCCCUGCUCCACCAGCAGCAUGGCGUGAGGCACCCCCCCCCACCGGCCCAGCCCGUGCCGUCCCCAGCCUGAGAAGGGCCGCUGGGCACCUCUGCCCGGACUCCAGAUCUCAGGAGCCGCACUGGACUUCGGAGGAGCCGCCUGGGCCCAGCCUCCUUGGACCAAAGAUGGCCGAGGGCCGUGGGGAUGGAGGGCGGGGCCGGCGGCAUCCCCGAGCCCGACACCUUCAGAGACAAACUACACCCUCUCCACACACCCAAGGGCAGGAACGGGUGUUGGCAGCGUCUGCAAGGGAGACUGGCACAGCUGAUAUCCAGCCAACGGUUGUGCCCACCCAAAGCCCAGCCCUAAGGACACGCCGUGGGCCGUUGUGACCAGAAGCCCCUCCUCUGCCUCCGACUCUCCAGAGGGGAUCCGCCUCAAAGCACCUUGCCGUUCUCAUGGCGAAUCUGGGUUCCCAGACCACCUCUCAACUGGUCAUGGCCUUUGGGGGUGAGAGGCAUAAGUCCCGAGCUGUACAUAUGCCUCACACUAUCUGUUAUUUUCUAAAUGUAUUUGUAAUUUUAAUAUUGGUCCAGAGUUUUCUGAGCUCUGGAGACUGCAGAUAGAAGGGAAUGAGUGAAUUUUGUAUCCAGAAAUCAGCCUGCCCUCUUCAUUGGCUCCUGGGGAAUUUAAAGGUUUUGGGGGUGGAGGGGAGAGGUCAGAGCUAAAUUCUCACUUUCCAGUGGGUCAUUUCUGACAAACUGAUCCCACAGUCACAUGGCACAGGCAGGGGGCCAGCCCUUCUUUCUUCGGUAUUUGGAUUUGCCCCAAGGCGCUUCCUAGCCCACAGCCCCACAGGGUAUGUUCCCUCUGCCACCCGACAAGCUUCCCUCCCCUUAUCCUUCCCCAGCACCCACAGGGCCCAGUGCCCAUCUGCCUCAGGCCCUCCACAAAGAACACAGAUGGGGGGAGAGGAGACUGCAUCUCUGGCCAGCCAAAGGGCCUCCGGACCAGCAGGGGUUCCUAUUGCAUAUGUGCCAGCAAGGAAAAUGACCAUGAACGAGUCCUUGUUGUCCUCUUGGCCACAAGGCCACAGGGAAUUGGGAUGCAAGAUAAUGAGCGGCCCUGCAUGGCCUCAGCCCAGGGGAUGAUGGGACCUCGAAGUCCCAGGGCCCCAUCCCCUGCUCUGGCCACUGCCAUGCUGGAAGACAGCAGCUUCUACCUGCAUGCAUACACAUAUGUGUAAUUACACUUUAAAGGUAAUUAGGGAAGUGGGUCAGCACCUAAGACUAAGAAAACUAAGGGCUUGCAACUCAGAGCCAAGAUUUGAACCCCCAUCUCAUUCCAUUUAACUGAAAUUAGCAUUUAUCCUGCACUUUAAGGUUUGCAGAAAAAUUGGCAGUCUUUCAUUUGAUCCUCACAACAAAUCUUGGGGAGAAGGGCUAUCAUGUCUCCCAUUUUAUAGUUGAGAAAACUGAGGUCACUAAGCUAAGCUAUUAUUAGGUGCCUGAGGGAGGAGUUGAACCCAGCUCUUCUCAAUACCACCUCCAACAUCAAGAGUACUUUCUCAGCCAAAGAGAUUUAAGGGAGGGAAAGUGAAUUUAAUCACUCCAAGACUUUUAAAAGCACUUCUUUACAAGGAUGUCAAGACCCAUUUAGAUCCUUUGCCUAGAAUCCUUAAGAUUCUAGAGCAUAUCUGAUAAAAACUGGACUGGGCUCUUGGAUCAGAAAGAUUGGCUUUGGGGAUAAAGGGAUGUGGGAGAGGGGGAUGGGUCACAGAACUCAGGAGCUGGAAGAGACUGAAUUAGGUAAUACAGCUUCAGCAUUUUCCACGGGGGAAACUGAGGUUCCGAGUAGUCAAGUCCAAAGGGAACAUAGGGCUCCCUAAACUACAUUUCUUAGAUCUCAACCUUCUUGUUUGUCUGGGCUGUCAGGGGAAUUUGAGGCAUAAGUCUCUUGGAAAAAGAUUUUUAAUUAAAAAAAAAGCUUUCAACUCA